UGCCCGCCAGCGCAGCCUCUCGCGCGCUGCCCGCCGCCCCUGCCCCUGACUCCUGGGCCAUGCCCCGCUGUUUACAUGCCGGUGAAGCCCCCGGUCGCUCCGAGCCACUCCGAGCCCCGGCGCCUCGACGGUGAAGCCAGCCGGCCCGCGAACUGGACUGGUCGCUCAGACCUGGGCCCUCCGGACUUAGAUCCCCGCCUGCUCCGCCGCCUUCGCCACCAUCUGGGCGGGAUCCGGCUCUGAUGUUUUGAGGAGGGGGUGUGGUGUAGGGAAAGGAAUCCUGGGGAUUUCUGGCUUCCCCCCCUUUUUUGGCCUUCGAGGCUUCAGACUCAGGGAACUUGCUCAUGGCUUUCUUGAUGAAGAAGAAGAAAUUCAAAUUCCAAACCACUUUCACCCUGGAGGAGCUGACUGCGGUCCCCUUCGUGAACGGAGUCCUCUUCUGCAAGGUCCGGCUGCUGGAUGGCGGGGAUUUUGUCAGCUUGUCGUCAAGGGAGGAGGUGCAGGAGAACUGCGUGCGGUGGCGGAAGAGGUUCACCUUCGUGUGUAAGAUGAGCGCCAACCCUGCCACCGGCCUGCUGGACCCCUGCAUCUUCCGCGUGUCGGUGCGCAAGGAGCUGAAAGGCGGGAAGGCUUAUUCCAAGCUGGGCUUUGCCGACUUGAACCUGGCGGAAUUCGCAGGCUCAGGCUCCACAGUGCGUUGCUGCCUGCUGGAGGGAUAUGACACGAAGAACACUCGUCAGGACAACUCCAUCCUCAAGGUCACCAUCGGGAUGCUUCUGCUCUCCGGAGACCCCUGCUUUAAGACGCCACCGUCCACCGCCAAGUCCAUCUCCAUCCCGGGUCAGGACUCCUCCCUGCAGCUGACGCGCAAGGGCGGUGGGACCAGCAGCAGUGGCAGUGGCACCCGGCCCCCCAAGACGAGGCCCACCAUCCUCAACUCAGGGGUGCCAGAGGAGCCCGAGCAGAACCUGUCCAGCCCGGAGGAGGUGUUCCACUCCGGCCACUCCCGCAACUCCAGCUACGCCAGCCAGCAGUCCAAAAUCUCUGGCUACAGCACGGAACACUCGCGCUCCUCCAGCCUCUCGGACCUGACGCACCGCCGCAACACGUCCACCAGCAGCAGCACCUCUGGCGGCCUUGGCAUGACCGUGGAGGGCCCCGAGGGCAGCGAGCGCGAGCACCGGCUCCCCGAGAAGCCCCCACGGCCGCCACGGCCCCAUCUGUCCGAUCGCUCAUUCCGGAGGAAGAAGGACUCUGUGGAGAGCCACCCGACCUGGGUGGAUGACACUCGGAUUGACGCAGAUGACAUUGUGGAGAAGAUCAUGCAAAGCCAGGACUUCACGGACGGCAGCAACACCGAGGACAGCAAUCUCCGGCUGUUCGUCAGCCGCGACGGCUCCACCACGCUGAGCGGCAUCCAGAUGGCCAAUAGGGUCUCCUCUGGGGUCUAUGAGCCUGUUGUGAUUGAAAGCCAUUGAGGAGCGGGUGUCCACGCCGGAGAAGGGCCCUGCCUCUGCGGGCAUCCAAGCCCGCAUCAUUCCACGAGGGACCUUCCCCUUCGGAUCGUCAUCCGCACCGCAUCUCAUCUGUGCCUCCUCCAUGCACUCCAGCCCCGCUCCUGCCCCAAAGCAUCAUUCCAUUGUCCUCCCAUCCAUCCCGGGACCCUCCUGGCCUGCCAGGCCCCGGGCACCACUGUGAAUAUUCUCCUCUGAACCACUAGGGGGGCAGGAUGUGCAGGUCCGUGAAGCAGGUGGACCAAACAGAGACGGCCAGGCCUGCCCCUCUGGAGACCGGUCUGGCCCCUCGUCGAGGACAAGCAACAGCACCUACGUGCAGGGAUGCUUGUGGCCGAGGGGCCUCUUGCCCUGUGUCCCUGCUUACUCCGGGAGCAUUGGCUUAGCCAUGCCCCAGCAGGGCCUUGCUCCACUGCCCCCUCGCCCUUGGGAGGGCCAGUCCAUCCCCAUUUCCCGCCUCCACGGCCCUCUGACUGCUUAGUGCUUCCGCUCUUCCUUCCCGUGUCCCUGGGGACCUGCUGGCAGCCUUCUCCUGGGAACCGAGACCUCAGACCCGUCCGCACUCCAGAUCGAGACCCCCGCCCCCAAAGAAUGUUCUCCUGCUGCCCUGGCAGCCUGCACUUUGCACACGCUUGCCUCCAGCACAGCCCCACCGGCCCUUGUCUGCCUUUCCCUUGAGCCCUUCAUAAGGGUUUCUGGGCACUGCCUGCUGUGCGGUCAGCGCCUGCCUCUAGCAGCCCGGCUGGAACGCGGCACUGCCUCUCCCCCGGUUAGCUCCAGCUCGGGCUUGACACCCAUGCUGAGCAUUGAUGGUGGCUCUUUUCUGCUUGGGGCUGGAUCCUGAGCAGCUGGUUUCCUAGGAAGCCAGGGAAGGUGCCUCCCAAAUCCUUGGAGGCUGGCAGUCAGGCUGGGCUGGGCUUGGCAAGCAAAGCCCCUUCUCUGUCCCUGCAGGGUCAGCUAGCCCAGGCUGGGGCUGAUGCUGGAGAGGCAGGUGGGCUGGGACUGGACCAGCCUGGAGCUGGCUUCCUGGCCGGAAAAGCCUCAGCCCUGCUCUGGAAGCAUCCCUCUCUCCGGGCUGGGGAGAGGCGGGGAGCAGCCUGGCCCUGCCCCCGCCC